UUUCUGAGUUUGACGGAAAAUCAUCGCUCCUACAGGCUACAGUAAUUCACGUCACCAGGACGUGCCUUCUUUUUCAUUGUGCUAGCGAUGAGUUGUUCGUUGUUGCGAGCCCAUAAAUCAUAGCAGAACAGGCAUGCUGGUACUUCUGUACUACAGACUGUAGGUGGAUGUCGCAGCAGCUUACCAGCGAGCAGCACGACCCUCAGUUUUUAGAAAUAGCGAUUUUGUUAUCGGAGGAAUUGUUUGAUACGUUGCGAUUGAUGCAGUGUUAGAUAAGGUGGUGAGAGCGUUGUGACCAUUUCUUCGGAUCCAGUACAGGCUAGAAGUGAUCUCAACCUCGGUGUGAGUAAUUCUUAUAGCCAUCAAAAAGUGUUUCGAAAGUGGAUGAACUGUCCUGCAGCAGCCAAUAGGGCAAAGCCAUUGAUUUGCAAACACCGGAGAAAUAGAAGGAUCAAAAGUAACACAGGUGUGCCACAAUUCUUACUUUGAAAAAGCGUGCAUGCUUCUCCGCGUGGUACACUACAAUACUCAAUAGCCAGCCAUCCAGAAGUGCCCAUUCGCAUCAACUAUGGCGGUACAGCCGGACGUGCUAACGAUGAAGAUUGUCCUCCUUGGUGAAGUGAAUGUUGGUAAAACUGCCCUGUUUCAUCGACUGAAGACUGGAACAUUCAGUGCAUCUGCAUCAUCCACUCUUGGCAUGGAGACGGUGGAGAGAGAAUUUACAGUUGAUGGUGAACCAGUUCGGUUGCAGAUUUGGGACACGGCUGGCAGCGAAAAGUACCGGACCCUUACGGCAAACUACUACCGUGGGGCGGCAGCAGUGCUGUACGUGUAUGAUCUAAGCGAGGAAGAGUCUUUGUUUGGACUGGUGGCUUGGAUGGAUGAUGCAAGACGGUUUCAGCCAGACCAUAUGGCAAUCCUUAUCGGUAAUAAAUGUGACCUGGAGAGUGAGGAUGUUGUCCUGACAGAAGCUACAAUACAGUCCUUCUAUCAGGAUAAUGACUUUGAGCUCUCACUGUGUAUGUCGGCGAAAUCAGGACAAGGAGUGGACGCCUGUUUUCACGAAGUAGCCAGGGCUCUCCUAGCAAGAUCCAGUGGCGCAAAUGCGACUAACGGCUAUUCGCCUGGUGUUGCACUAGAUGAUGCCCAGCGAAGAGAAUCGCAGCAAGACGGGGGAUGUUGCUCAUAGCAAGGGUCAAUGCAUACGGUACUGUGUUUGCAGUGUAUCAGGAUUACCUAACCUGCGCACAAAUACCUCCGAUCAGUGGACGUCUGCUUUGGACGAAUGUUUGAGUGAAUUUUGAAGCCAUCGUGAAACGUCCUGCACACAACCCAUCAUUGGCUUGCUGGCGCACAGCGGAGAGUACCGUGUUCAUCCCAGUCUUGUCUGCCGGCUGAGUAAGCUUGAAUGGAUUCCCCGGUUCUGUCUAGUCACACCAUUACCAUUGUGCGAGUCAUUGCCGGGACUUGACAAUGUUAACUAAAAGCUUACUACACGCCUGGUGCUCUUCUAUCACCGGCAGCAGUUCUUACUCAGUCCCGGACCCAGUCAGAGUCACAAUCAUCAGUGUCACUAUACUCAAAGCCCCCGGCUUUCCGUGCUUGUCCGGUCACGCGGCGGAGCAUUUAAAAAAAAUUGUGGCUCCUGGCGGCGAACUGGCAAUUCUAAUCUCUGACGGUGAACUUUGACAAUUCCAUAGUCUAGCUCUUAGUGCCCGAGGUUGAUGUUGAUGCUGUCUGGAAGUUUUUGGACAAUUUCUCACUUUCAAGAAGUCCUAACAAGCCGUAUUCUCAGUUUCUUCCCCCGCAUAGUAAAAUAGUAAAAUUGAUCAUCAGCACCAGUCAGUAGUUGUCUAUCCGGGACUCUGAUCUGCCAGGUCUAUUGCACCUUUUCAUCAUUGUUUUUAUUUUAUGUCGAAAAAGGACUCGAGGAAGCAUGCAUGAUAGUUGCAAGUUGAAAUAUUAUUGUAAUUCA